CAACACCAUCGUAUCGUCGUGUGUCUUAGUAAGCACAAGCCGGAACGCAUGUCUGUCGCGCAGCUUCCCUUUACCUAGUGCGGGAUACGUUCCCGUCGAUCCCAGGGUUGUGUAGAGGCGCCCACACAUCGCGCCCUACGACGGCUAGCGGCGAUGGGUGCAAGAUCACUCUUGGUGACUUGUUUACUACAACAUCGUUGCCGACCGUGACAUCUGUGUCGCUCUACUCUAUAACGACUGCGCCAUGGCAUCUAACCAUAGCACAGACAUCGAGUUUCCUCCACCAGCACAGAAUGUUUCUGUAGCUACUUUCACGGAUCUUGAGCUGCUCCCGCGAGGUACCGGAACGCUUUCCGAAAGCGAAGAGGGCCAUUCUCUACCGCCCACGGAUGGAGGCAAGGAUGCAUGGUUGUUUUUGUUCUCUUGUUUCAUGCUAGAGGCAAUGAUCUGGGGCUUUCCAUCAACGUACGGAAUAUUUCAAGAGUAUUAUACCGGUAACGACUUCGCUGGAGCCAGUAACAUCGCCAUUGUAGGGGCUUGCGCGAUGGGCAUCAUGUACAUGGACAUCACGUUCUGGUUCAUGGUCCUCAAAUGCUACCCACGUCUUCGUCCAUGGGCAACGCCAGUCGGUCUGGUUGUCCUGUGCCUUGCCCUUGGCCUGGCUUCUCUGUCCACUAGCGUAUCUCACCUCAUUGUCACUCAAGGGGUCAUCUAUGCACUUGGCGGUGGUCUAGCUUGGACACCCAUCCUAUUCUACAUCGAGGAGUGGUGGGUGCGCCGACGAGGCUUUGCGUAUGGAGUGACCAUGGCCGGCCUUGGUCUAUCCGGAGCAAUCCUACCAGUCAUCUUGGAAUGGCUGCUUCAGAACUACGGCUUCCGGACGACGUUGCGAGUCUGCGCACUCAGUUUUGUCGCUCUGAACUUCCCGAUCCUCUUUUUCUUCAAGCCUCGGCUACCGCAAUCGCAGGUCAACCUGCCAUUCAAGUUCGACAUGUCGUUCUGGACAUGUUCAAACUUUCUCAUCUUACAGUCGUGUAACGUCUUGCAAGGUGUUGGCUACUUCUUGCCAGCGAUCUACCUACCUACCUUUGCUCGAUCACUUGGCGCAAACACCAUCGAAAGUACCGUGACUGUAAUCCUCUUGAACGCAGCGGCGUUUGUGGGAUCCCUGACCAUGGGCGUGGCAGUCGACAGGUACGACGUCGUGAAUUGUCUCCUCGUAGCAGCGAUCGGAUCAGCCUCUGGUGUCUUUCUCCUUUGGGGGCUCUCCACGUCACUGGUUCCACUCUACAUCUUUAGUAUCGUUUAUGGUGCGUUCGCUGGUUGUCAGGCGAGUAGCUGGAGCGGAAUCAUUCGGGUUACAAAAGAGAAGCGUAUCAGUGCAGAUUCUGGCAUGAUCUUUGCAUUCCUGUCUGCCGGGAAAGGAGUUGGCAAUCUCGCGUCAGGUCCCCUUUCUGAAGCUUUGCUACACGCAGGUGAUUUCAGAGCUGGGUUUGCGUACGGUAGUGGUUACGGUGCUCUGAUUGUUUUCACCGGCGCAACUGCCCUGCUGAGCGGUUGGGGCUUCCUUGCGAAGCGAGUGGGAUGGAUGUAGAGCGGCGACGGCGCUUCCUCGCGCUUCAACAUCGGACAUGACCUCUGUCCAGACCCGUGGUUGGACACGAAGCCUUCGUCGUCGCUCUUAUGAUGUUCCUUGUUGACGUUCUUGGUUUGUCGGUACGUGGGGCUGAGGCCUGUCACAUCCUGACAGAUGUUUCUACAACAUAUAAUCGAAGAACAUCGGCUGGACU